UGCUCGUGUGUUCAGAUAAGCAGGCGGAGGUUGUUGUGGCUGUUGAGGCAGAGACACCAGAAGGAGUCAGAGAGUGAAGCAGGGUUUGACACGGAGCUGUUAUGAACUGGGCACAGAAGGGCCAUGACCCAAACGAGUCGACAGGAGGAGACCCACUGACGAGGCUCACAGGGACAACUCAUGUCACGUCUCAAGGACCUGUAUUAUAGAUCUAUUCAGGCUUUUCUGCUCUUCAGCAUGAAGGCGCCGCUCGGAAUAUCCAUGAGCUCCGAUUUCCCGCACUACAAUUCCAGGAUGCCAAAUAUAGGGUUCCAAAACCUUCCCCUUAACAUCUACAUUGUGGUGUUUGGGACAGCCAUCUUCGUCUUCAUCCUCAGCCUCCUCUUCUGCUGCUACUUAAUAAGGUUACGGCAUCAGGCGCACAAAGAGCUAUAUGCAUACAAACAAGUCAUUCAAAAGGAAAAAGUCAAAGAGCUAAAUUUGCAUGAGAUAUGUGCCGUGUGCUUGGAGGAGUUUAAACAGAAAGACGAGCUGGGGAUUUGUCCAUGCAAACAUGCCUUUCAUAGGAAGUGCCUCAUUAAGUGGUUGGAGGUGAGGAAAGUGUGCCCGCUGUGCAACAUGCCUGUCUUGCAGCUCGCCCAGCAGGCUGGCAGCACGGACCCCCCUGUGCCAAUACAGCAGCCUCUGCCCGGGAUCGAGAACCUGGUGUAGCGGACUCGAACCCUCUCUCACAGUACACUACAGUCACACAUCCCAUCACUCAUACUCUCACCUGUACAGGUACACUUUGGUAUGAGUCUGUGGACAGACCGGAGAAACUGGAGUUACUGCGCAGAUACUCACAAAAAAACGCAAAUCUGCACCUCUCUUAUCCAUUCAUUGGUUCACACAAAGGAUUUCCUGAUAUCAGUUCUGACUGAUAAUCAAUUGUUUUCAUGUUUUUCUUUUGGCGGACAAUGAAGAAGAGUUGAUGUAGAAGAAGUUUUGUUCUUGGCCAAGACGUGGUCGAUAACUUUUUCACAACCAAAGCACUUUUUCUGGGGACACCAGCUAAAGACCAGGAGAAAAAAAAAAAAAAAAAGCCAAGAACUACAAUACACUAAAAUAUAAAUUGUUUUGUUUUUUAACAAGCACUUUACGAGAAGUCGAACCUUAAUUGCUUGUGAUCGUAGUAGCAAGGUCAUGUUUUAUAUUUUAUCAUUAACUAUUAUUUCUAUGUACAGUACAAAGCAGAUGGGUUUUCAUUUUUAAUUAGUAAACUUUGAUUUCUAAACAAAAAAAAAUAUCUCAAAGGGACAACAAUACCUAUGUUGGUAGAUGUCAGGAAAUUUGGACAAUGCACACACACACACACACACACACAUAAGAAAUUAAGCUCAAAGCAACCUCGAGACUUUAUGUCUGACUAAAUGUGAAAGGUUUGAAUGUGUUGAAACCCAGAAUCAUUCACACUAAGCCUAUAGAGUUUGUUCCCUCAUCAUCUGUUUGUCAUUCAUUACAAUGUGACUGUUGUUAAUAUAUUUUAUUAUUAUUCUGUCAAUACAGGAAGUUGAUAAUGAACAAAUUAUAUUUUCAUUAAAGGAAUUUACCAGGUAACAUCUUAUAUAUAUAUACAGGAGUGCUGUUAGACAAGCGCAGGCUAUGUAUAUAUCACCCCAAACAUUACACAAUUCAGGACUUCUCCAACAGAAAAUCAGACUAACUACUUCAACUACUGUGAUUAUCUAAACCAGUAUUAGUGUAUAUAAACUGGUGCUUUAUCUAUGGAGCUGUUUAACAGAACAAACACCAGUAACAAGGCAAUAUUAAACUAAAUACAAAAUGUAACAUAAAUGUUCCAGUUUUAUUUUGCUCUGCUGCAUCAUUUUAUUUUAUUGAAGCCGAGCUGUGUGAAUGUUAUAGUGGCUUGCUUCACAACACAAAGCAACAACAGUUAUGAUGAUUUAUCUUAAACUAGCAUCACAUAUCCUGCUAGAAAAUGAUUGAUAAUUCAGUAUAAGAAGAGACCAGGAUGAAGCAGUUCCAGUUAUUUUUAGUUUUUUUUGUACCCGACUAGAUAAUUUGUAUUUAUUUUUUAAUUUAUUAUAAUUUCUUGGUACAGCUGCAUAGAGUAAACAAGUAAGCGGACUGACACCUGCAUCAGAAUCACUGCCCUCGUCAUAUCAUCAACAUAUCUUUGCUCAAGAUACACAUUACUUUGUAAAACACACACGCAUGCACCCAGGGAGGGGCUCGAGCCCCCGUCCUGGACUGCCAGAGAGUCAGUGGUCAGCAUGUUGUAAUGAAGCAGCAUUUUCAUUCACACACACACACACACACAGCACACACACACACACACAACACACACACACACGUACAUACAGACAGACAGGGUUACUGCUUUUCGACAGCAGUAUUCUGGUGCUUUCGCCUCUCUCCCCCUUUCUGUACGGUACAGGGGUGCUUUUUGUUUUGUGCCACACAUACAGUAACUCCGAGCCCUGCCAGCUUUUGUGGUCAUUUUUUUUGUCCUCAUCCCUUGUUAGCUGCAUUUGGUGAAUGUGUUGUGGGUAAAUGUGCUGAUCUCAAAUGGUGGCUUAAAAAAAAAAAAAAAAAA